AUGAACGAACUGCCGACCCCUGCUGACCACCUGGGCCUGGUGCCAUAUGAUGAUCCUGUGUGGGCAAUGCAGAACCUAGGCUUCCAGAGGUACUACCGGCAGGGCCUCCCGGCAGAAGAAGCCGUGAGAGCCGUCGAAGAGGCCUAUGAACAAGCCAAAAAGUACCACGAGUCGCCCACAUUACACUGUCUGGGAGACGAAGAAUGCGUUGCCUUUUUACGAUCUAAUGCCCCUGGAAUUGAGGGAACCAUCGAACGAGCAUUGGGAAUGGAAUUUCAGAAUAUUGUCCGGCAGCCGCCGGCGAUUUUUCGUGGCGAAAGCUCUCAGUCCUCAUUCAGAAUGGCACAUCUCGCGGGAUUAGGUUCCGCAACGAUUGUUGUGUACCCUGGAACCCACCAGGACUGGGAAAGCUUUAUGUCGGAGCCUACAGCCCCGUAUGAGGUCACUCUGCACAACACCCAACUAUUAGUUGUGGCAGGUCAAACAUUCGUCGAAAUUCUAAUGCUCGCUAAUGCUUUUUCCCCCUUUGCGAUCCCUUUGAUGGUAUUCCAUCCAUGGGGGAGAAGCUAA